UAAACCACCACAAGUGAAAGAUAUGAUCUUUAUCCACCAUUGCACAAUCUCAACAUCUCCAGAUUUCUCAUAAUCCAAGCCUCUCUUCAACUCACAAGGCAGGCGCACUUCCACCGAUGGCAACCUCUAGCUUGCUCUUCACGCCCACUAUCCAAAAGAACCACCACAACCUCACCCCAUCCAACCUCUCAUUCCAAGGCCUUAGACCCCUCACCAGGGCCAAAACCACCUCCCUCUCCAAGAUCAGCACCACUGCACCAAAAAGGAGCUUAGCUGUGAAAGCAGAGCUUAACCCAUCACUGGUCAUAAGCUUGAGCACAGGGGUAUCACUCUUUUUGGGAAGGUUUGUGUUCUUUAACUUCCAAAGGGAGAACGUGGCAAAACAAGUGCCUGAGCAGAAUGGUUUGACUCACUUUGAGGCAGGAGAUAAGCGUGCCAAGGAAUAUGUAAGCCUCCUGAAAUCAAAUGAUCCAGUUGGUUUCAACAUUGUUGAUGUUCUUGCUUGGGGAUCCAUUGGCCAUAUUGUUGCCUACUACAUCUUAGCCACAGCCAGCAAUGGCUAUGACUGGGACCCCAGCUUCCCAUGUUGCUUUUAGAUUUAUUGUUCUGCCUUCAAUUGAUUGUGCUUCACUUGUGUAAACCUUGUAUAGUGGUUCAUUAGAGAGGCUUUUUUUGUUUUUGUGUGGGAAAUUUAAGGUUCGGAUGAUCAUCUUAAA